AAAAUUUAUUAAGCCCGACAUUUAAACCCAUCUUCCAAAAUUUACAGCUUGGAGAAAUAAUAAAGCCAACAUCCAAAAAAAUUCUGAACCCAGCAUCUCAAACUGUCUUAUGGACAAUUUCCCAAUUGACUUGUUAGCAAACAGCAAGAGACCUGUGCACACCGCUGUAUAUUUAGGCAUCCCUUUUUUUGAUUCCACGAGGCCAUGGCACGGUUAUAUUUAGCGGCGAUGGCAUGUCCUCGCGCCGCUAGCUCCUUCGUUCACCGUCCGGAAAGAGGGAACAUCGCCACCGCCACCGCACAAAGGGGGGCAUGCGGUGCUGACCGUUGGCGCACCGCUUUUGGCCCCCGCCGCCGCACGACACCGGCCGGGAGGCCGCGGCCAACACCGACGACCUCGCGUACGGGUCUCGCCUCCGUCCUCGCCGGUGGCAAUGGCAGGGGAGGAGCGGAUCCUGGUGUCAGUGCGGCUGCGGCCGGUGAACGCGCGGGAGGCGGAACGCGGCGACGGCUCCGACUGGGAGUGCGCCGGUCCGACCACGCUCAUGUUCCGCGGCAACAUCCCCGAGCGCGCCAUGUUCCCCGCCACCUACACCUACGACAGGGUGUUCAACCCGGAGUGCAACACCCGGCAGGUGUACGAGGAAGGGGCCAAGCAGGUGGCCCUAUCGGUGCUCAGCGGCAUCAAUUCAAGCAUAUUUGCGUACGGUCAGACGAGCAGCGGGAAGACAUACACCAUGGUCGGCAUCACGGAGCACAGCAUGUCAGACAUCUAUGACUACAUUGACAAGCAUAAAGAGAGGGAGUUCGUCUUGAAAUUUUCUGCUAUGGAGAUAUACAAUGAAGGAGUGAGGGAUCUCUUGAGCCCCGACGCAACACAACUAAGGCUUCUUGAUGAUCCGGAGAAAGGAACUGUGGUAGAGAAACUCACAGAGGAAACUCUCAGGGACAAAGGCCAUCUCUUGGAGCUCCUCGCAGUGUGUGAAGCUCAAAGACAGAUAGGGGAAACUGCGUUGAACGAAACGAGCUCCAGAUCUCAUCAGAUACUCAGACUGACAAUCGAGAGUUCGGCAAAGCAAUUCAUGGGACGAGGCAACUCAAGCACCCUUAUAGCCUGUGUGAAUUUUGUUGAUUUAGCCGGAAGUGAGCGUGCAUCUCAGACGCAAUCAGCUGGAAUGAGGCUGAAGGAAGGUAGCCAUAUUAAUAGAAGUCUGCUUACACUUGGAAAGGUCAUUCGGCAACUCAGCAAGGGGGGAAAUGGCCAUAUACCUUACAGAGAUUCAAAGCUCACUCGAAUCCUGCAGUCAUCUUUGGGCGGCAAUGCUAGAACUGCUAUCAUCUGCACGAUGAGCCCAGCACAAUGCCACAUCGAGCAAUCUAGGAACACACUUUUGUUUGCAAACUGUGCCAAAAAUGUAGUUACCAAUGCACAAGUUAAUGCGGUGAUGUCAGACAAGGUAUUGGUGAAGCAUCUUCAGAGAGAACUUGCAAGGUUAGAAAAUGAGCUGAAAUCACCUGGAUCGGCCUCUUGCAGCACUCAUGCUGAGGUUUUGAGAGAGAAGGAUGAACUGAUCAAACAGCUGGAAGAACAGUUGAAGGAAUUGAUGGAGCAAAGAGACACCGUUCAAUCUCAACUUGACAAUUUUCGCAGGGUUGCAAGUGAUGGAAAUAUUGAUGACCGCACAACAAGGCGAUGGGAUGAGCAUAAUCGGUCUUCAGACUCCCUCCCACGUAAUGUGUCUGAAGACUUGCUUUCUUCUUCUGAUACUUAUGAUGCCGCCUAUGAAGAUCAAGACGAUGUUGGCUCAAAAGCACUUGAUGCAUCACAUGAUUGUAACGGUCAUCAUCAUGACCCAAAGAUCCCCAAAGGACCAACGGAGCCACAUCAACAAACAAUGUAUGAACAGUCUCUGUCUAGUAUGCAUCAACCAAGAAACCAUAUUUCUGAUAGUAGCAUAGAAAUAUAUCAAGCAAGCAGCAUGCCUUCAUCUGAGCUGUCUGAGGAGCAUUGCAAGGAAGUCUCAUACAUUGAGACAAAUGAGCUCAGGAGGAGUCAAGCAUUCUUUCCUUCUGAUCAUGAUGGUACAGAUAUUGAUGAAGAGAAGCAUGGUGAAAGCAUGAUAAACACAGCAGACAGUGCCAUCAAACUAUAUACAUGCGAUUCUGACCCAUCUUCUGAUACUGAAAAACCUAACAAUGACGAAUCUUUGGCCCUGAAGAGGUGUGUUAUAAUCUCCAGGGACAGUGUACUUACCAGAAGUAAAAGCUGCAGAGCUAGUUUCAUGGUCAUUCCAAAUAGUUGGUUUGAUGAUUCAAUGGAUAUGAAAAUGACAGAACCCGGUGACAUUUUCAAAUAUGCUCCUAUAAGGCCAGAGAAGGUUAGGAGGAGCUUGUAUCCUGAAAACGGUGAUUGCCAAAAUGAUCUUUCAUUAGACUGUUCUGUGGCCUCUGGAGGAGUUGCACCUGACACAGUUGUAGACAAGAACACUUGCAAUGACGAAGAGGAAAGCGCCAUCAAUGACAUCAGAUGCAUCAGGGAAGUGAAGGAGAAGGUAGAAGAGUGCCGUACAUCCCAACUUGAGGGGAAUCAGUAUAUCAUUACUGAAGAUUUUUCGGACAUAAAAAGUGCCAAAGAUGUUGGUACAGAUAUAUCCAUGGCCACUGUUGACUCUCCUUCACGGUGGGCUAUUAAUUUCGAGAAAAAACAGAAGGAAAUCAUUGAGUUAUGGCAUGAAUGCAAUGUCUCUAUAGUACACAGAACAUAUUUCUUCCUCCUCUUCAAGGGCGAUAAAGCAGACAACAUCUACUUGGAAGUGGAGCACAGAAGGUUGUCCUUCAUUAAAGGUUCUUUCAGUACUGGGUUUGAGACAUCAAGCUUGAGAAAUCUUCGGCAUGAAAGAGACAUGCUCUACAGGCAAAUGCUGAAGAAACUCCAUCAUCUAGAAAGAGAGAGCCUUUACACCAAGUGGGGGAUUGAUCUGAAUUCCAAACAACGAAGGCUGCAGCUAUCGCGCCGCAUAUGGACACAGACUGACAUGGAUCAUGUGAGGGAAAGUGCAGCUCUUGUCGCAAAGCUGGUAGAACAUCUAGAGAAGGGGCAGGCCAUCAAGGAGAUGUUUGGGUUAAGAUUCACACUGAACCCACGAGCUGACCGGAGAUCUUUCAGCUGGCAAUGAUAUGAAAUGGUGAAAUAAUGACUUAUGUCUGCAUAGUGGAGAGUAUCUCUUAUCAGGAGAUGAUAUCAUCCCAGCAUUGAUUUUUACUGAUGCCCAUGUAUGUAUUUCUUUUUUACAGAGUGAAUUCUCAAGAUGAAACGAAGUGAGAUACCAAGUCCUUUACGCCUACUGCGUAAAGUAUUGCUGUGCUGAAAUUAUCUUGGCAUCAAUGUAUAUAUCUAAUUUACCUGAUUUUUGCUAACUAAUGCUACGCAUGCAAUGUUUUUUUCCCCUAUCCCUGGCUCGUUGUCUCUUUCCCUCCUUGUAAGAGGUGCAUCAUGCUAAC